AUGGAUAUCCCAAAGGAUGAUAUUACCUCCUUGAUUGCCGAAAUUAGACUAAUGCGCGAAGAUAUUAACAGAAACAAUCGAGAUUUUACUCACGCCCUGAACCAAUACUCCGAAAUAGUGGAGAAGAAUACGAAACUAAUCGAAGAAAAUUCCAAAAAUAUAAAAACCCUCAUCGAAAGGAUGGAUGAAAUUACCACACAUCAAAAAACAUUCGCCACGAAAUUAAAUGAGAUUGAUGCGUUUAACAACAAUUUGGAACAGAAAUUGCUAUCUAAUGUAAUCGAAAUAGCGGGUGUUCCAUUUCAACGAAACGAGAAUGUUAUUGAACUUGCGAAGAAUGUUUUUAAAAAGAUAGGCCAUGAGGUAGAUAGUAUUCUAAUCGACGACGUUUACCGUACUCGUGGAAACCCAAUGACAAAAACACCUGGAGUCAUCGUUGUAAGUCUGCUGCGGCGAAUCGAUAAGAAUAUUAUAAUGGAGAAGUACAAAAAGGAAAGGAGGCAAAUUUCCAAUCGGGACUUAGGCUUUCUGGACGGUGAGGGAUCAAAUAUUUACGUUAAUAAUAGGUUAACUUACAACAACAAAAAGCUAUUAAGAGACGCGAAAUUGGUUCAACGCGAAAAGAAUCUAAAGUACGUCUGGUUCAACAAGAACUAUCAACUUUGUUCCUUCACGGUGAAAGCUAUCAAGCUGUAUAACAACUUACCGGAAAUCGUUAAAACCACAACUACAGCUGCAGUGUUUAAAAAAAGACUCAAAGACUACUUAUUAAACAAGAACGAUUACUAG